AUCCAUCCCCUCUAUCCUCCCUCCUCGCUGGGGCUCGGGUUUAAAGUCCACACCCUGCUCCCUGUCCUUUCCAACGCACGGCUACCGGUGAAGAUGGCCAUUGUGGAGGUGUCCGGGUACGACGACUUCGUGAAGGCAGUGGAGCAGAACAAGGGCAAGACCAUCUUCGCCUAUUUCACCGGCUCGAAGGGCGCCGACGGAGUGAGCUGGUGCCCGGACUGUGUGACAGCUGAACCAAUAGUUCGUGCAGAGUUGCAUAAAUUGCCUGAAGGAUCUGUCUUCAUCUAUUGUCAAACAGGUGCUAGACCAGAGUGGAAGAAUCUUCAAAACAAGUUUCGAACAGAACUGAAAGUCACUGGAGUACCAACUCUCAUGAAAUAUGGCACACCUCAAAAGCUGGUAGAAGAUGAAUUAUUAAAGCCAGAGCUUGUGCAAAUGCUUUUCUCAGAAGACUGAACAUUUCUUAAUGGUUUAUUUAAAUCUUGGAUUCAUGUCCAAGCAGAUUCUGCCUGAUUUUCUUAUUAUUCUGGAUGAUUUUUCAUCAAAUUGAAUGCCAACUGUUCUACAUGUCAAACUGGACUGCAUUUCUAAUUUUGCUUCAACUGUUUUGUAAGAAAAUGAAAUUAGCAUAAGCAUAGGUUUUCAGACAUUGAGGCAAUGUUUCAAACUGGAUGCUUUCAAGAUGCUCAAAGAAUAAUGUACACAAGUGAGAACAGCAAUCUAACUUGCAUUUUUUUCAAAAAGUGCAGUUUUGAUUGCUAAUGUUUUAAGAUAUUGUCAGCUACUGUAUUUAAUUAUGGUAUCAAUGAUUAAUUGUAACUGAGGAGAUUUCAUUCUGGAAAAUAUUCAGUGAAUAAUUAUGCUAAAUAUGAAGAAAUUCAGUUGUAUUAAUGGGGUAGGAGUCUACCACAUGUUUCCAUUUAAAAAUCCAGAAUGCUCAUGGAGAUGAGACUAGAUGCUGGUCUCUGGGGCAACAAAGUCUGCUGGAGGAACUCAGCAGGUUGAGCAGCAUCUGGGGGUGGGGGCUGAAUUGUUGAUAUUUCAGGUUUUGACCUGAAAAGUUGACAAUUCCUUCCUCCACCACACUGCACAGAUGCUGCUGGACCUGCUAAAUUCCUCUAGCAGGUUCUUGGUUUCUCUCAACAUUAGAAGCAUGGUUCUCAGAAGCAGGCCAUAUUUCACAAACAUAUAAGAUGUAAUAAUAUUUAACUGCAUACUCAAUAGGCUGACUGCCCUUCAAUAUGAUGGUGUUCUAGGAUGAGCUGAACUCAGUCCAAGUGUUCACAGGCAAAAUCCAUUAUUUACAAUUAAACAUCUUGAUAGUUUGAAUCAAGGUAUCUGAAACAAACUCCAUAUGGGCCAGUGUUAAGCACUUGGUGCCUUGAAUUGACACAUUUCAAUAGUUGAGUAGAUCCCUUGCUCUUGUGAUUCACAUGAUAUGCUUCAUGUUAUGAAGGUGGAGAUAGAUGACUUUUUCUAAACUGAGUUUAUACUGGAUACCUGCUUUUUUUUCCUGGCAGUUCGGGUAAUGGAACUUUGCCCUUAUGGCAUUCAAAUCUACCAAUAAAUUUGAGAUGAGAGUAUGGAAUAAAA